GACACUCUGCGAGGCACAACCCAACUCGCCGUGCUUACCGAGUCCUGACUCAGCAUCUCGACUCGGAUCGCCGUGAUGGCCAAGGAGUUCUCCGUUCCGCCGGUGGUCUUCCCCUCGUCGGCCGGGAAUCCCAACGUCCCCCACCAGCGUCGCGCGCCGGGGACGGCCCCGCAGCCCUUCCAGCCGCCUCGCCCCUCGAACCCCGGCCCCGCCAACCCUCCCCUCCCCUUCAUGUCCUUCGACAUCGGAUCCGCCCCGGCCUCCUCCUCCUUCUCCGCCCCCGUCUUCUCCUCUGCCUCCGUCCCCGGCUCCUUCGAGGACGAGCCGCCCCUCCUCGAGGAGCUCGGCAUCAACACCCGCCAGAUCUGGCGCAAGACCGUCUCGAUCCUGAACCCCUUUCGCGUGAGCCCUAGUCUCCACGAGGACGCCGACCUCUCCGGACCCUUCCUCUUCCUCAUGGCAUUCGGGCUCUUCCAGCUUCUCGCCGGAAAGUUCCACUUCGGGAUCAUCUUGGGUUGGGUCACCGUCGCCACCCUCUUUCUCUACGUGGUCUUCAAUAUGCUCGCGGGACGCAACGGGAACUUGGAUCUGUACCUGUGCUUGAGCCUGAUUGGGUACUGUAUGCUGCCGAUGGUGAUCUUCUCGGCUCUGUCCCUUCUUGUGCCCCACGACGGCGUUGUGAUCUUUCUGUUGGCGGCGGUGUUUGUGCUGUGGUCAACGAGAGUGUGCACGGGGUUUCUGGUGGAGUUGGCAUCGUGCGGAGAUGAGCACCGUGGUCUCAUCGCCUACGCUUGUUGGCUCGUGUACAUGCUUUUCUCGCUGCUCAUUAUAUUCUGAUUCUUGAAUCUGAGCUCAAGAAAUGACACUUUCAAAGAUCAUUUGCAGCAAUUACCAUGAUAAGUGGUGGAAGAGUGGCAGAUUCCAUGUACAAAGGUGCGCAUACCGGAUGAAUACGUAACGUUGUGGCUCUAUGUGCCAGGACUUAAGAGGAUUCCUCAUGUUGAAUUGCAAAUACAUGUCAAGCACGUCUUUUGGAGUUUAUGUCCUAUAACCAUUUGUUGAGUUGACCACUAGAUAGUCAAUUCAUUAGUGAGGGGCAGGACUUGUUAUCUUAAUCUUGUAUUUGUUGUGGAAGGAAAAUUGUGCUUUUUUUUUCUUUUAU